UGAUCUAAAGAGUUGUUGGCAGCUGUUCUGAAAGUCACACAUCUGAUUUUAGACAUCUGAGUGCAGUCAGAGGGGAUUUUAAAAAACACAACAGAAGAGACUAAAAGGAACAAUGCUGCUGCUUUCUGUUUGGUCAUCUUGGGUUAUCGUCUUUUCCUGGAGUACAUUGCAGUGCUCUGAAGAUCCUGAUGUAAUUUGACCAAAGUCUUUCCCCCUUUUGAAAGCUGAAACCCAAGAAUGAAAAUGUAUGCACAGUGGGUCUGGAUCACUUUAUGCAUGCUUCUACCAACCACAGCUCUUGGAGGGAAAGUACUUGUGUUCCCCGUGGAUGGGAGCCACUGGGUGAACAUGAACAUUAUCGUUGAGGCCCUGCACACACGGGGUCACCAGAUUACUGUUGUGCGACAUCCAGACAGCUGGUACAUCAAGGAAAGCUCCCCGUUGUACACUUCAGUCACACUUGAAAUGGACUCUGGAUUUAAUGAAGACUUCAUGAAGGCUUUCUUAACCAAGCUGCUGAAGAUUCAGAGGGAGGGGAGGUCUGCUUGGGCGCAGUUUAAGCUGCAACUAGAACAAGGACAAGUGGGCAAUAAGAUGAAUGAGAAAACAUCCAAAAUGAUUGCACAACUUCUUGGAAACAAAGAUUUGAUACAGAUGCUACUGGAUGCCCAAUAUGACCUUGUCCUCACAGACCCUGUUUCUCCAAUAGGAAUGAUACUUGCACACUACCUCAAGUUGCCCCUUGUGUUUAACGCUAGGUGGACAACUCAUGGUGAAGGCCAUUUUUUAAUCGCACCCUCCCCUCUCUCUUAUGUACCACAGCCAGGAGUAGAGUUUUCAGAUAAGAUGAGCUUCUUUCAGAGAGUUCUAAAUGUUCUUGUUAGAGGCUUCUCUGAAUUAUAUGUUGUGACCAGUGUCAUACCACAUUAUGAUGGCUUAAUUAAAACACACUUAGGUCCAGAUGUAGACUAUCGUUCCCUGUUUCAGGCUGCUGACUUGUGGCUCAUGAGAGUGGACUUUGUCUUUGAGUUCCCGCGUCCCACCAUGCCUAAUGUCAUAUACAUGGGAGGCUUUCAGUGUAAACCUGCAAAACCUCUCCCUGAACACCUGGAGGAGUUUGUGCAAAGUUCUGGAGAGCAUGGAGUCAUCAUCAUGUCUCUGGGGACACUGAUUGGGGAGCUUCCUCAGGAUCUCAGUGACGCAAUUGCUGCAGCUUUUGCCAAGCUACCUCAGAAAGUCAUCUGGAGACACAAAGGUGACAAACCAGCUGGUCUGGGCAACAACACUCUGCUGGUGGACUGGAUGCCACAGAAUGAUCUUUUAGGACAUCCAAAGAUUAAACUCUUUGUGGCUCAUGGAGGAACAAAUGGGGUCCAAGAAGCAUUGUACCACGGAGUUCCCAUUUUAGGAGUACCAUUGAUUUUUGAUCAGCCUGAUAAUCUGUUCAAAAUUGAGUCAAAAGGAGCAGGGAAGAUCAUAGAUAUCUUUACCAUGGACGAAGAAAUCUUCUACCAAGGAAUCCAGGAAGUCCUGACUGAUCCCUCCUACAGGAUGAACAUGCAGAGACUCUCCAGGCUGCACAGAGAUACGCCCAUGAAGCCACUGGACAACGCCCUCUUCUGGAUAGAGUUUGUCAUGAGACACAAAGGUGCAGCUCACCUGAGAACAGAGUCCUAUAAGAUGCCCUGGUAUGCCUACUACUCAGUUGAUGUCAUUUUAUUCCUGACUGGAGCUCUUCUUUUCUCACUACUGACUGCACUCACACUUCUCAGGUGCUUCUUUAACAGUUUAUGUAAAAUGAAAGAGAAAAGGGAGUAAUCUCUAAAUUUAUAUGCAUUUAAUAUCAAGUUACUCAAAAAGUAGCUGGAUUGUGUUGGCACUGAGAUUAUUGUGAGAUGCUUGACUGCACACAAAUGCAACUCCUCAAUAGAAACUAA